UUCAUGGGUUCGAUCCCCUUUCUUCUCUGGCGUGGCGGAUUUUGCUCCGGCUUCCAUUGGUCGCCGUCGGCGGACACGAAUGGAUAUGGGAGAGGGGAACAGAGGAUUGAAAAAUAUACAAAAUCACCAGCAUGAAGUUCCCCGCCAUAAAGCUCAUUCCCCUCCUCGUCUUUCUCCUCUCCAGCUUCUCCAUCUUUAGGCUCCUCAGGAUCGCAAUUACCACCACCACUUCUUCUUCUACUACUGUUGCCCCUCCAUUGCUCCCUCUGCCUCCACCAAACCCAACGACCGGACCGGUCGCCACACGCCUCUCCAACAAGAAACUCAAGCUCCUAACCAGCCUCAUCAAGAGCAGAGCUACCUGCAACCUGCUGAUUUUCGGCCUCGGAAAACAGCACCUGAAGCUGUCAUCCCUCAAUGCAGGGGGCAACACUCUGUUUCUAGAGGAUGACUCCGACAAGAUCAGCGAGAUUCAAUCCACCAAAUCCAAUGCCACCUGGAUCCACAAAAUUGACUACCCGCUACCAGCAAAGAAGGCUUACGAGCUGCUAAAGCAUGCCAGGGAGAGUGCAAACUGCAGAUCGGAUAAAGUGUGAACGAGGUUACCAUGAUCACCCACUGCUGCAGGUCUUCCGAGAUGUUGUAGAAUGAAGAACAGAUGAAGAUGAGCAGAGCUUCCUUUCACUCUGCUCAGUACACAGAUGGUGACCUUGAAGCGGCGUUGUUUUCCUUAAGUGGUAGACACUCCACAAAGCAGAACGACGCAGUAUUGGCAGAUUGUAAUUAGUUAGCGUUUAAACUCAGCUUUAGCCACUUGGCACUUUUCUAUUGGUUAGUUUAAUUAAACAUUGCUCUUUAC